GGGGGGAAGGUGGAGAACGCUGUGUGACCGUCGCCGAGGUAAGAAUGAAGACAAUCUCGUUCCAUUCCGUAGCCAGAAAACAAUUUAAAAAACCCUAUUUUCAUAUUCCGUUCCUACAAAUUAGGCAACACUAUCUUUAGAAAAAUUGAAAUUCAGCACUGGAUGUGUAUGAACACCCGCAAAUUCAAGACUCAGAUUUAAUCUGAUUGCUGCAUUUUGCCCAUGGAAGUCGCUGCUCUACCUUCCCUUUCUCCUCUUCCACUCCGUUAUGGAAAUUCAAGUGGUUCUGCUUCGCUGGUGUCAUUGCGGUUUUGCAGUUAUAAAGGAACUUAUAUUGGCUGCUCUCUUCAUAAACAGAAAAGUUGGAGGAAUUCAUGUAAUUCUGUUCACAAAAACUUCUUAUUUAAUCAAAGAAAGCAUGAUGCUGUAUCUUGGUCUUAUUUAAAACCCAGUAUGGGAUUGAGCCGAUCUUUUGUCAGUAGUAAAUUGCAUAAUCAAAACAAAUUAACCAGAUCUGUAAUUGUGAGAUCUGAACUUGCUGGGACUGGGAAUGCAGAUGCUCCUUAUCAUUUGUCAGAAUUUAAACUGGGUUCAAAGGUUAGAGGAAUUUGCUUUUAUGCUGUUACUGCUAUUGCUGCCAUUUUGUUGAUUGGACCAAUGCUGGCAGCUCAUCCUUUCGUACUUUUGUUGGAUCAGUACAGAAGAAAAAUUCAGCAUCAUAUUGCCAAAAUGUGGGCUUUGCUGACUGUUACUCCAUUCAUUAAAAUUGAGUUUGAAGGACUGGAUAACCUGCCUUCAUCAGAUACUCCUGCAGUGUAUGUUUCCAACCACCAGAGCUUUUUAGACAUUUAUACUCUUCUUACUCUUGGAAGAAGCUUCAAGUUCAUAAGCAAGACUUCAAUAUUUCUUUUUCCCAUUAUUGGUUGGGCCAUGUUUAUGAUGGGUGUCAUCCCUCUGAAACGCAUGGAUAGCAGAAGCCAGCUGGAGUGUCUUAAAAGAUGCAUGGAUCUCAUCAAGAAGGGUGCCUCUGUCUUUUUCUUCCCAGAAGGAACAAGGAGUAAAGAUGGCAAAUUAGGUGUUUUUAAGGUACCAAGUAUCCCUUCCUUGCCUAUCUACGAUAGACUAAAAGAAGUCGAAAAACUAAGAUUGUGCAUCACCUAUUAUGAGGGAAGAAAAAUGGCCAUUUUUCAAAAAGGUGCAUUCAGUGUAGCAGCAAAAACAGGAGUUCCAGUGGUUCCCAUGACGCUAAUUGGCACAGGCAAAAUCAUGCCUGCAGGAAUGGAGGGUAUCUUGAAUUUAGGAUCGGUGAGAGUUGUUAUUCAUAAACCAAUCAGUGGAAGUGAUCCACAAACAUUGUGUGAUGAAGCUAGGAACAGAAUUGCAGAUGCCCUGAAUUGCCAAGACUGAGAAAUCUACUGUCAUACACUCUUUUUCAUUGCUGAAUACUAAAUUCAUUAAUGCAGAUGGGAAAAAUAUAUAUAUAUGAUUGAAAGGUAUGCACCAAUUCUUUUUUGUUUCUUAUUUUAUCAUUCUUUCCCUGUACUUAAUUAAGCCUUGUCUUUUCU